UUUAAAAAAAUAAAACAAAAUCGAUUUUGCUUUUGUUAAACAAGGGGAAAGGGAAAUAAGAACAGAGAAGAAGGGGGAAAGGGAACCACGAACAGCGACCGGCAAUAAGGCUCCUGCUGCUCCGCUGCUGUUCCCACCGGCAACCUCACUCCGGCCGUCGACGCUACACAGGCCCACCGUCGCCGGAUUCCCCUCCUGCUCUUCCCUCCUUUGUAUUCCGACGGCGGUACUCAGGCCUACCGUCGCCGGUGUCCUUUUCUCUCUUAGCCUCCUCCGUUAGCUGUCCACCCUACUCCAGGCAUCAAGUCGCCGGUUUCCUCUUCAAUCCUUGCCUCCUCCGUUUUCAGUCCAUUAUACUCAGCUCCAUCGUCGCCAGAUUCCGCUUCUGCCUGACUUUCCUCCUUUUUCUGUCUUUUUCCAUUGCCCCCACUAGGAACACCUUCGUCGCCGCCUCUGCUUUUCUGGUCAACUCCUCCGCUCAACUCCUCCGCUUGUUGUAGAAUUUGUCACCAUGAAAAGGAAAUAGCGUUGGUGGAUGUACGAUAGAUACGAUGGCGGUAAUGCUUGUAGACUUAGGCCAGAGUUUGUGGAUGGUGUUGAACAACUCAUACGGUUUUGUGAAGCUCAUCCUGAGAGCCCGGGCAUAGAUGAAGUAAGAUGCCCUUGUCUAUUAUGUAAGAAUAGACGUCUUCAUGAUGCCAACACGGUAAAACUCCAUUUGUACAAAAAGGGGUUUAUACCUGAUUACUAUGAUUGGGUUUCUCAUGGUGAAGGGUUCCCUACAUCAAGUGUAGAGCAACCAAAUACUUACCGUGAAAUGGUUCUCGAUGCUCUUGGGAGUAAUCAUGAACCACCAGGUGACGAUAGUACUAGUGGUUCAGACGAAGAGCCAAAUGCUCAAGCAAAAGCAUUUCAAGAGCUUUUAAAGGCUGUCGAGCAACCACUAUACGAAGGUAGCUCCAUGUCUAUUUUAGAAAUGGCAUCUCGAAUUGUAUCUUUAAAGUCGGAAUACAACUUGCCCCAUAGGUGUGUUGAUGGGUUUGCUUCAUUACUGAACGAAGCGAUUCCCGACAAUAAUAAGAUGGGGAAAACAUUCUAUGAUACAAAGAAGAUUCUUAACGGACUUGAGCUUCCGUACAAGAAGAUCCAUGCAUGCCCAAAGGGUUGUAUGUUAUUUUGGAAAGCUGAUGCUGAGUUGGAUAAGUAUAGAGUGUGCGAAAGGGAUAGAUACAAGAGGAAUUCAAAGGGGUCAUUGGUUCCAAUAAAAGAACUCAUCUAUUUUCCAAUCACUCCAAGGCUACAACGGUUGUUUGCAACAAAGAACGUUGCGGAGGAAAUGACUUGGCAUUCCAAAAAUCCAAGAGUCCAAGGCACAAUGGCGCAUCCUAGUGAUAGUGAAGCUUGGAAGCACUUGGAUAGAUCCUUCCCUGAUUUUGCAUCUGAACCUAGAAAUGUGAGACUUGGUAUGUGUAUCGAUGGGUUUGCUCCUAAUGGCAAGUUUGGGGGUCAGUAUUCAUGUUGGCCAGUCAUUCUGACCCCUUAUAACUUGCCUCCAUCGAUGUGCAUGAAAAAACCAUUUAUGUUCCUUUCUUUGCUCGUUCCUGGUCCUAAAAAUCCGAAGGGGAACUUGGAUGUGUAUAUGAAACCGUUAAUUGAAGAACUGAAAGAACUGUGGGAUGUUGGUGCAACAACUUACGACAUCUCGCAAAGAAAAAACUUCAAUUUGCGUGCAGCAAUCUUGUGGACUAUAAGUGAUUUACGGACUAUGGUAUGCUUUCUGGAUGGGGCAACAUCCGGUAAAAAAGCAUGUCCAUAUUGCUUGGAAAAAUCAAAAGCUUUUUAGCUUGAUCAUGGUGGUAAAAUGUCUUGGUUUGAUUGUCACCGACAAUUUCUUCCUCUCGAACAUCCUUUUCGAAACAAAAAAAUUGCUUUUUGUAAGAACAAGGUUGAAAAGGGGACACCACCUCACAUAAUGUCCGACGAUGAGCUAUGGCAACAAGUUCAACACUUUUCUAAGGCAACAGAUGGACCAGAAGCACUUGCAAGCUUGAAAAAGAAGAAACUAGGUUGGUUUAAGCAAAGCGUUCUUUGGGAGCUACAGUACUGGAAGACUCUUCUCCUCCGCCACAACCUCGAUGUGAUGCAUAUUGAAAAGAAUUUCUUUGACCAACUAAUUCACACAGUGAUGGAUGUGAAAAAACAUACUUCAGACACAGUAGCAUCUAGAAAUGACAUUGCCAAAUAUUGCAAACGACCACAACUACAUGUGACGGAGGAUGCGAGAGGCAAAGACACUUUGCCGAAAGCCCCAUUCUCACUCGACAAGGCUCAAAAGAAAGUGUUAUGCGAGUGGGUAAGGAACUUGAAAUUUCCCGAUGGUUAUGCUUCUAAUUUGAGUAGAUGUGUAGAUUUACAAUCAUGUAAGCUUCAUGGUUUAAAGAGCCACGACUGUCAUGUCUUCAUGGAGAGAUUGUUGCCAGUUGCUUUGAAGGAAUUGCUCCCGGUCCAUGUUUGGAAAGCUAUUACUGAGAUUAGUCUUUUCUUCCGCGAUCUUUGUUGUUCCACCAUUAAAUUGAGUGAUAUGGAAAUAUUGGAACAUAACAUUGCAAAAAUUCUUUGUAAGCUCGAGAAGAUAUUUCCACCAGCGUUCUUCAACUCUAUGGAACACUUACCAGUUCACUUGCCUUAUGAAGCUAGGUUAUGUGGUCCUGUCCAAUAUCGUUGGAUGUAUCCGUUUGAGAGGUUCCUUAAUCAUUUGAAACGUAAAAUUGGCAAUAAGGCUCGUGUGGAAGGUUCAAUAUGCAAUGCUUAUCUAAUGGAAGAGAUAGGGUACUUUUGCUCUAACUACUUCCAACAAGGAGUGGAUACCAAAACACGGGACUUAGGUCGAAAUGUUCAUGAGGAUGUUGAAAGCACUUUGGAUGAUAGUGUUCCAGAACUGUUUAGGGUUGAUCAUGGACAUGCUUCUACUGGUGGAGUUUGUCGUUAUUUGGAUGAAAAAGAACUACAACGUGCUCAUUUAUAUGUUUUGGGAAAUAGCGGUAUUCUAGAACCAUAUGAGAGGGGGUUUGAGGACCACAUUGUUCAAAUGCAACCCACUAUUCGCAAAGAAGAUGUGUGGAUUAAACAUGAAGCUGAAUUCCUCGAGUGGUUUAGGUUGAAAGUGAUUCAAGAAAAGCCAAAUGAUGAAAUAUUGUUUGCUUUGGUUAUGGGCCCAUCUAAGCGAGUGCGUACUUGGAGCCAAUUCUAUGUGAAUGGAUACAAAUUCCAAACUUAUGGCCAUGGAAAACAUAAGUCAACAAUGAAUUAUGGAGUAAGCAUAUCCAAUGAAGAUGGUGGUGAUUAUUUUGGUUUUCUAGAGGAUAUCAUCGAGUUGGAGUUCACUGGUGCCCUACGGACUUAUAAGACUGUUCUUUUCAAGUGCAAUUGGAUGGAUUCCACUAGGGGUAUGAACAUUGAUCAAUACAAGCUUGUAGAAGUCAAUCAUACCAAAAAAUACCCCAAGUACGAUCCAUUUGUGCUUUCUUACCAAGAAAACCAAGUCUACUAUGCACCUUACCCAAGUCUGAAAAGAGAUAAGGCUCAAUGGUGGGAUGUGUUCAAGACAAAGGCGAGGUCUGUUGUUGAUGCACCAGUUGACGAAGACUUUCUACAAGAAACCAGUGCUGACAUUCCAACUCUUUGUGCUCCGGAUGACAUUCCAGACUAUGAAGGUGAUGAAGAAGGUUUUGGAGAUUCGGAUACUGAAAAUGAAGUGUUGCCCGAUGCCCCUCCAGACGAGUCCAGUUUCGAAUCUACUGAUAGUGAGGACGAGGAUGAGGAUGACGGAUUUUGGGAUGACGAUACCGAUGAUGAUCUUAGUGCUGAUGGGGAGGACGAUUCAACUGAGAUUUAGGAUAUUGAUUGUAACCUUGUUUUGACUUUUUAAUUAUGUAAUCUUAAUGGAUUUCAAUUUAUUUUAAAAGACCAUCCUAGUUUCAAUGUGAUAUACUUGUGUAAAUAUGUUA